AUAGAUUAUACACUUAAUAUAACAUAGUUAUUUAAUGGUCUGAAACACAUUUCACAAUAAAUAGACGGUAGAUUUUUCUAACUGACUGAAGAUUUCUUAAAGCUUAUUAUUAAUAACACGAUAAAUACUUAUUGUUUUACCAAGUUAAAUGUGGAUUUUAUUUCAACGAAGAGAAGUCUGAACGUAUACAUUAAAAAAUUACGGUAUUUUUUCCCAUGAUAAGUCGUGUCAUUGUACAAUCUUUGUUAGAAUAUAAAUCCUGUCGUAUUUUUGGAAGCAGUACGUGUGUGAUGAACCAUGAGCAGCCAACAUCAGUAUAUGUCGGUGAAUAAUGCUCCUAAUGCCAGGGUUGGUGACAUCGAGCACAUUAGUCACCUUUCAGAGCACAUUGGCUCGCUAUGCCUCUCAUCAGAGUAUUCCGACGUAACCCUCAUCGUGGAAGGUCAAAGGAUACCGGCCCACAAAGUCAUUCUGGCAGCUAGCAGUGAUUACUUCAGAGCUCUGCUUUAUGGAGGCAUGAGGGAGGCAAAUCAGGCCGAAGUUGAACUGCAGGCGCCGCUGCAAGCAUUCAAGGCUCUGCUCCGAUAUGUUUAUUCAGGCCACUUCCCAGGUCACAUGGGCCUCUCCAUGCUGAGAGAGGACACGGUGCUGGACAUGCUCGGGCUGGCCCAUCAGUUCAAUUUCCAAGAGCUGGAGGCGGCCAUAUCUGAUUACCUGCGGCAGGUGCUGGCCUUGAGGAACGUCUGCUCCGUGCUCGACGCCGCGAGGCUGUACGGGCUCGACGCGCUGAUGGACUACUGCUAUAACUUUUUGGACAAGAACGCGUCAGAAGUGUUGGAGCACGAGACAUUCCUUCAGCUGUCCGUUGAAGCGUUACAAGGUCUGCUGGAACGCGACUCGUUCUUCGCACGCGAGGUGGACAUCUUCAAGGCGGUGUGCAACUGGUUCAACGCAAACCAGUCGUGGGUGAAGUCGGAGGCCGGCCAGCCACAGGUCGAAAAGAUCCUCAAGUGCGUCCGCCUGACCCUGAUGAGCCUGGAGGAGCUGCUGACGGUGGUCCGGCCGUUCUCGUUGGUCACUCCGGACAUGCUGCUCGACGCCAUACAGGAGAAGACUCAGACCAAGAGCACCGAUCUGCCGCACCGCGGGUUGCUGCUGCCGGAGGAGAACGUGGCGACGGCGAAGCGCGGCGCGCGCGUGCUGGCGGGCGACAUGCGCGCCGCGCUGCUGGACGGCGACACGGAGGGCUACGACAUGGAGCGCGGCUACACGCGACACGCCAUCUGCGACGCCGGCGACGCAGAGCCGCGCGGCAUCGUCGUGCGUCUGCACACCACGCUCAUCAUCAACCAUCUGCGCCUGCUGCUCUGGGACCGCGACAACAGGUCGUACGCGUACUACAUCGAGGUGUCGUUGGAUCAGAAGGACUGGGUCCGAGUGAUCGACCACAGUAACUACUUCUGCCGCUCGUGGCAGAACCUGUACUUCGAGCCCAGAGUCGUCCAGUACAUCAAGAUCGUCGGGACCAGCAACACCGUCAACAAGGUGUUCCACGCGGUGGCGCUGGAGGCCAUGCACACGGCGCGCGUGCCUCCCCUGUGUAACGGGCUCGUCAAGCCGACACACAACGUGGCCACCGUCGAGCACUCCGCUGUCGUCAUCGAAGGGAUCAGCCGCUCCCGCAACGUGCUGCUGAACGGCGACAUCGAGCACUACGACUGGGAGCAGGGCUACACGUGCCACCAGCUCGGCUCCGGCGCCAUCGUGGUGCAGCUGGCGCAGCCCUACAUCCUCUCGUCCAUCCGCCUCCUGCUGUGGGACUGCGACUACCGGCACUACUCGUACUACGUCGAGACCUCCCUCAACUACUGGGACUGGGAGACGGUCUGCGAUAGGACCAGGGACGCCUGUAGAUCCUGGCAGGUCAUAUACUUCACGCCGAGGCCGGUCUCCAUCAUCAGGAUCGUCGGCACCAAUAACUCCGUUAAUGAGGUGUUCCACCUGGUGCACCUGGAGUGUCCGGCGCAGGUGGAGGAGCCGCGCGACGACCCCGCCGCCAAGAAGCAGCGGCCCGCGCACGACAACCGCCUCAACCCCGCGCCGCCCGCAGAAUCUGUUGAUCCCCAGCUGCCUCCGCCUCCCCCCGCUUCGGCCCUGACCCCCAGCCCCGCCUCGGAGCCCCCCGAGGGGGAGCGCCGCGCGAGGUCGUUGCCCCCGGCAGAGACGGCCACCGAAGCAGAAGAACGGUACGAAGACUGAAACGCAGAUCCGAACGAUCAAUUACCAACCGAGCGGUCGUUAGUAUAAAGUCGAAUUUAAGUUUUAGAUAGGCCUAGGUAAUGUGCACUGCUUGACUAGGUCGGCAUCUGUGUGCUUAGUGCGAAUUUUUUAACGUUCUCGAUAGCGUAAAAGUUAAGCCAUUUUUGUAUGCAGUUGGAACAGCGCCCCUAACGACAAACGUAGGCAAACGAUCCCAUUCCAUACAAAUAUGAGCACACUGAUGCCAACCUAGGAAGUGUUUUCGGGCAACGGAACAAAUUCAAUAAAUCUUCGAACCUGCAUUAAAACUGAAACAUUGUUAAUGAAAUUAAGGAUUAAGUAGUUUGGAAGUUUUGAAACGGUCUUGUGAAUAAAGUACCUCAAAGAUUACCAUAGAUUGUUUUGUAUAACGUUUUGUUUGUUUGUCUCUUAACAAAAUCCCCAAAGAAACGGAAAUGUAGUUUCUUUUCACACCGGAGAUUCAAAAGUCUUGAAACUGUGAAUCUUAGUAAUCUUUUUAGGGAAUCCUACGAUUUUAUAAACCAUUUAGCAUAAUCCAAAAAUAAUCAAUAAUAUUCCAUCCUCUUUUCACGAAAAUAAUAUAUAAAGUUGUUUUAUUAACAUAUGAUACAGAUGUCUUUUAUAUUGAAUUAAAUCAACAGAAGAUUGCAUCGUAAAAGUGGCUUUAAUAAUCUUAGUAGUUUUUACACACAAGCAAUUUAAAAUGCAUAUCUUUAACUUUGGUUCCAUUGUUGUGCCAUGUACAAAACUAACGUUAUAAUAUCAUGUUGCUUACUAUUGUAAUGAUCAAUAAAUCGGGCCCCCAAAAUUUCAAUCGUGCCUAUGAUCUAUAAUAAUCUAAUGAUAUUUGUUAGGUCAAAAUAUACUGCUGUAUUUUUAAGGUUAAAUUCUGUAUUGCCAGCAUUCAUUCACCUAACCAUGCUAUUCAAUGUGACAUCGAUAGUUAUUUAGUUUCUAAGAGCUAUUUUUUCUAGUCUUUGCUACUGGUGUUGCAAGCUUUUGUCUCUUGAACAUCUGUAUUAUUCACUAAGUGACCAUAGACAUAUUUUUAUCACGUAAGGUUUUAUAUUUUUCCACAUUACACUAAUAUAUUUACUUAAUUAAUAAUUUAAUUAAGUGAGAUUAGCAUAAAUUGUUAUUACCUGUGGAUAACAAGUGAUUUUUACGUCACAAGGUACGUCAAAUCCAACGAUUACGUAGUAUAAUGUUUUUUUUAUUAUUGUAUAUCUUACAACGAAAUACCUGUAGUUUCAUAUUUUUAAUAAAGUUUAAUGUUGUUUGCAUUAUUAUGGAUUUAAGAAUAUUUUACCGUUUUAAAAUUUGAUAUUUCCACCGAGUCCUUACAGAGAAAUGCCCUAGCCGAAGAUGAUAAAGAAAUUUUUUUAUAAUCUCGUUAAAAGUGUUCAUUUUUUAGAAUUUGCGUUACUAAUCGAAUAACGAAAAUUACACGAAUAUUAUUGUAUAUUCCAAAAGCAUAUAAUUGUUGAAUCACAUAAACGCGAAAUUUAAUAAUAGAAAUAAAGUGAUACAAAUUCUAUAACUAAGUGUCAUUGCGGUUCGAAGUAUACGAUUGGGUAGCUGUUAAGAAAAGUUAUUUUUUUAAAUAAUUUUAUACAGUGGACAUUACAUUAAAACAAAUUACAACAUGUUAUACAAGGUGAGGAGAGAUUUAAAAUGGAUCAAGUAAUCAUGUACGCUUAGAGAUGUCUGUAAAUGUCUAUCUGAAAAUUAAAAAGUUUCUCACUUUGAUAACUUCAAUUCAAAAUGUAGGUAAAAUUCACACGCUUCAAUUAAAUUUAGCUAGAAUGCGCUUUUCUGUAACACUCGUUUAUGUUCAAGUUUAUUGUUCAUUAUUAUUUAAUUAAAUAUUGGAAAGGGUGAUUUAUCGAUUGGUCUAAAUGUUGCAGUGUUUAAAAAUCAGUUUCAAACACACAAUAUGUAUUCAAACGAAAAUUGUACUUAAUUUUGGAAUAUAUUUAUGUAAUUAGAAUCUAACAUUGAGCAAUCCUGUCGGCAUGCGAUAGCUCAAGUUCGACACCGUGGUAGUUUGCCAAUGACAGCACAAGAGCGCAUUAUGCGGCAUAAUGCUCAACGUUGAAUGUUCCAACUACAGCAACGCUUCGCACAAUCGAGCACUCUCAAAAGCACUGCUCUCGCGUGAGACUCGCAAUCGAUACAGACUCAGUGACAGAAAAUUGACAAGUGUUUUUUCUUUAAGUUGGCAUUGAUCGAAAUUUUGUUUAUAUUAUCGUUAGUAAUAUUAUUUAAUGUUGAAAAAAAUUGUAAGGCUUUCGUUUCGUCGUAGUUUCUUAGAAAUAAUUAAUGUUAAUUAAAACUGUGCUAACUUAGCGCACUCUGCUGAUGCAUUUGAAAACUAAUUCACGUUCCAAUUAAGCUUCAGCAUAAUUCGGCAUUGUGCGUCACUGAGUCGCAUUAUGCUCUGUAAUUGGAAAACUACCCGAGUAUGCACUGGCAAGCUAUUAGUGAAGUCAUCAGAAAAGUCAAUUAAAACAAGUUUUUAGACCAUCAGAUUUUAAAACGUUUGCAUCUCUAUCGUUGUAAUUAUUAGGUACAGUAAAAAAAAUAAAAGCAGCUUUUCACAUUUUGCAUUGUGUCAUAAGUAUUAUUAAGCAGGGCCGUGAUGUAAAUAUCAAUCAAAUCAAUAAGUAAGACAUUCCUUUAACUAUCUUAAUUUUGUUUAUAUAUUCAGUUGUAUAUGUGGACAGUUAAGCAGAUUUUUAUUUUAAUAUCAUGUUGACUUAAUCAGGAAUGAUUUGUUACAAAUUUCUUUAUUAAAACUUCAAACAAAUGUUUUCUUAUUUCAAUAGAAUAUUUAAUAUGGGACAGCAAGUAAUUGUCCUAUUUCAGAACACUGCAACAUUUAACAAAAAGUUUGAAAAAUAUCCUAGGUACAGGUAAUCAAUCGCCCUUAAGUUACUGUGAUAAAAUUAAAGGAACAAGCAAAUUCCUUGUCCAUUGGUGAUGUAAAAUAUAGAUUAGAAAGACAAACAUGUAGACAUUAAUCAUAAUAAAAAUAUUUUACAAAAGUAUGAAAA